CUUUGUAGAAAUUACCUGCGUUCAGUAGGGGCAGGUGUUCAGACAGCGGUGUUAAGGGGUAAAGGAAGGAGCAUUCGUUUUCAGAGAGGUUGUGGUGGCCUUAACGACAUUCGCUCACAGGCGCCCUGUGUGUAAACAUACCACUUAUCUGCGUGGUAAAUGUGUUCAGUCUAGUGUUUUUUCAGAUGCCUUGUGCUGGUAUUUAGAGCCGAAACAAUUAUACACAUGUACCGCUGCGCUAAUAAAGCCAGCAGCAAUCAGUGACGUGGCGUCCGAUGGAAACGAUAUUCGAAGACUUUCAUAGAUGUGAGGUUAACAGAACUGCCGUUAAUAUGAGGCUGUCGUUCCCUUGACCACUGAGCCAGGAAGCCGUCACGAUGAAAUGCUGGAUGCAGAUUGCUGUGUUAGUAACAUGGACUGUUACUAUUUGUAUCCUUGUACGUCGAAUUCCAGAAGAGGGACAAAGCGCCAUGACGCUCAUCGAUAGCAACUUGGCCAGCAACCUUGUCCAGAAAAUCGAGACGGUCUUGUCUGAAAAUGAGCAUCUAAAAGCCGCCAUCUUUGACGAAAUAAGGGUGUUUUUGGAUGCGGCGCCUGGUCAGAAGAGCCCCACGAAAGAGCAACCAGAUGAUGACCUUCUGUGGGGCGGGGAAAAAGAGGCCAGACGAGCCGUUUAUUUACUGGACAAUUUCUGGUUCUAUUUGAGAGAUAAACUCGAACUGCUGCAUAACAUCACAAGCCGGAGACAACUAAAACAGAGGGUCGACCACAUGCGAAAAACUGCUGACCAGUAUCAUUGGAGGAUCAAGCACAAACUGGAUAAAAUACAGGAUGGUGACGGCAGAGACAAGAGAAAGUGGGCCAUCAUGAAUGAACUGGGUCAGAAAGUCCAGAGACGUUUUGCCUAUAUACAGAAUCCCAGGAACUGCCGUACAGCCCGGAAGUACAUUUGCUCCCCUAAGUCGUGCGGGUAUGGAUGCCAGCUGCACCACAUGGCGUACUGUCUCAUCAUGGCAUACGCCUCCAACAGGACGCUCGUUGUGAAUCUUGAGAAGAACACACAGUCCUGGACGCCAUUCUUUAAACCUCUCAGCGAAACUUGUUUAAAGUCAUAUGACGAAAACCAUGUGGUCCAAUGGAAUGAGUUAAACGACAUUUCUCAGGAGGGAGGCCCGGACCAUAUGGAAAUCUUGCUGCCUGUCCUUGACAACAUAGGUUUUCAUCCGGAUUAUCUCCCCCUAGCCAUCCCAGCAGACCUUGCACCGACAUUACAACGUUUCCAUGGGAAUCCAAUUGUUUGGUGGAUAGGUCAAGUUGCAAAGUAUUUGACAAGAUUCAAUGCCGAUACCGAGCGUGAUCUUGAAGAAUAUGAGAAGAAAAUCAAGUUUAGAGGACCAAUAGUUGGGGUUCACGUUCGUCGUACAGAUAAGCUUACCCAGGAAGCAGCUCUCCAUUAUCUUGAUGAAUACAUGGUGUACGUCGAAGACUACUUCAACGGCCUUGACAUUCAAACCGGGUCAAAAGUGGAAAGAAAGGUGUACUUAGCAACGGAUGAACCUACAGUUAUCAAAGAAAGUAAAAAGUACAAGGACUACACUUUCAUCUACAAUAUAGACAUCAUCAGGACAGCUGAACGCGUCACUGGGUCCUCGGCAGUAAUGAUGGGAAUCGUAUAUGACAUACAUUUCCUUUCCAAAACGGACUUUCUUGUGUGUACAUUCUCCUCACAGGUAUGUCGCACAGCGUAUGAAUUAAUGCAGACUAAACAUGUCGAUGCUUCGUCCAAUUUUCGAUCACUUGAUGAUGUUUAUUAUUAUGGAGGUCAAGGUCCGCACAGAAUGACCGCAGUGGAAGACCACGAAGCGUUGAGUAAAGAGGAAUUAAAUGUAGUGAAGGGUUCUGAUGUGUAUAUCGCCGGCAACACCUGGACCGGCGACGUGGUGGUGAGGAACCACGGUGAAACGAGAAAUGCUCUUGUCCCAGCUUACAAGGUGGAGGACAUAGUGGAGACUGCCCAGUGUCCUCUUUAUGAAGAGGUUGAUUUGGUCGGUUCAUAA